AACUCUCUCUGGGUCAAAUCAGUCAGGGAAGUGAGUAUAAAUGUUGGACUGUUUUGUUGUGGUUUGUACAAGAUGUUGGUUGGCCUAUUGGGCUGGUAUCAGUUCUGGUAUUAUCCCUGAUAUGGGUUAACCCUCAUUAAGUUGGAGCGAGUGCAGAGAAGAUUUACGAGGGUGUUGCCAGGACAUGGGGGCUUGAGAUUUAGGGGGAGGUUGGGCAGAUUGUUCAUUUCUUCUGAAGUCUAGACAGAAGAAAGGUCUCGACCCGAAACGUCACCUCUUCCUUUUCUCCAGGGAUGCUGCCUGACCCGCUGAGUUACUCCAGCUUGUUGCUUCAUAGACGAUGAUGGAUUGCAGAAUUCCCAGGUCCCGGUUCGGGGCACACGGAGCUCUGAAGGCGGGACACUAGGGGGACUCUUGGACAUUGAGAACAAAGAGUGAUUCUCAGGAGGGGUGAAUGUGCGCUAGUGGACUGAAAGGUGGCUCGUAGUGUGGGGGUAAGAGGUGAAGCCGUGUUUGAAGAGUGACUCACAAUGGGGGCUUAGAACACGGGGUCAGGCGACACAAGGGGAUGGUCUAUCACAGUGUAUAUCUCACAAUGGUCCCACCUCAGUGACUCAUAACGGCCCUACCUCAGUAGCCCAGUGUGUGGCUAGCAGUAGCCCUCCAUUAGUAGCCCAGUGUGUGGCUAGCAGUAGCCCUCCAUUAGUAGCCCAGUGUGACCAGCAGUAGCUCGCCAUCUGUAGCCCAGAGUGUGGCUCACAUCAAGGCAUCAACUAACGUUGGUUUGGGACAGUGCAGCCACAAUGGGGAAUUCAUUUUUUCUUGAAUUCAAGUCGAAGGUGGACGGCGAAGUGGUCAAUCCGUUGCAGAAGAUGAUCCUGGAGUCAGGCGAGAUCCGUAAACCGAGCCACAACUGCCGCACAUUGAGCCAGGACAUGUGGCGGGGCGCCAUCGGCUCUUCCUUCACGGUCUUCAUCGGCGGCAUCCUCCUCAUUCUCAUGCACAGAGGCAUUGCGUUCAUCUACCUCGAGCUGACCCAUGCAUCCAAUACACAGGAUUCCAAGUGGAACAGGGGCAGGAAUCGGGUGAUGUCUAACGACGUGGUCAUCGCUGCCAAACACUUGACCAAUCGCCUCGUGCUGGAAAGGAAGAAGAAGCCUCUGACAAUGGAGGAGAUUGAACAGCUGAAUGCAACGGAGACAUCAAAGAUAAGGAAGGUCAACUUGGGGAUCGAUGUUCAGGAAUGGGCCCAGCGAAUGAUAUCGGCACAGUCUUUAAUUGGUCGAGGUCUUGUGAUGAUGGUGUUCCUGCUCAGCUUCGGAUCCCUCUUCAUCUACUUUGUCAUAUCCAUAGAAAGCAGCGAGGACACCCGCGUGGUCCUGGAGAACCUCCAAGCGGUUGAUCUGGGCUUCAAUUCCUUCUUCCUGUUCUACUUUGGACUCCGUUUCAUCGCUGCCAACGACAAACUGCGCUUCUGGGUGGAACUCAACUCCAUCGUGGACUUCUUCACCAUCCCGCCCGUCAUCCUGUCUCUCUACUUCAGCCGCGACUGCAUCGGGCUGCGGUUCAUGCGAUCCCUGCGGCUGCUGCAGUUUGCCGAGAUCCUGCAGUACCUGCGCAUCCUCAAACGGCAUACCAAGAUCAAGCUGGCCAGCCUGCUGUCCGUGUUUGUUGGAGCGUGGCUGACCGCGGCCGGAUUCAUACAUACGAUUGAGAACUCAGGCGACCCAUGGCGGGAGGAGAACAACAGCCAGACGCUGACGUACUGGCAGUGUGUUUACCUGCUGAUGGUCACCAUGUCCACGGUGGGCUACGGGGAUCUGACCGCUAGGACCACCGUUGGCCAGGUCUUCAUGGUCUUCUUCAUCAUCCUGGGCUUGGCCCUGUUUGCGAGUCACGUCCCUGAGAUCGUUGAACUGAUCGGGAGCCACCGCAAGUACACGGGCUCCUACAGAUUGGUCAGGGGUAAGAAGCACAUCAUCAUGUGUGGAUACAUCACCUUCUCCAGUUUCCACGAGUUCCUGAAGGAUUUCACCCGGAAGGAGAGAGAAGAGAGUUCGACCGACAUUGUCAUCCUUGAGGACUUCAACCCCUCCCUGGAGCUACAAGCCUUGUUCAAACGGCACGUCACCCAGAUGCAGUUCUUCCGGGGAUCAGUUCUGAAGCCCGGUGACCUGGUCAGGGUCCAGCUGGACGAGGCCAACGCCUGCCUCAUCCUCGCCGACAGGAACUGCCUCAACCCCGAGGCUGAGGACUCCGUCAACAUCAUGAAGGCCAUUGCCGUCAAACAAUACUGCCCCGAGAUGCGAAUCAUCGCUCAGGUCCUGCAGUAUCACAGCAAGGCAUACCUGCAGAACCUGCCCAGCUGGAACAUGGGGCAGCGAGACAGCGUGAUCUGUCUGUCCGAGCUGAAGAUGGGCUUCAUCGCCCAGAACUGCAUUGUGCCCGGACUCUCCUCGCUCCUCGCAAACCUCUUCAUCAAGAAAUCCCUGGCGGAGCACAAGACUGGCACGUGGCUGGACGUUUACCAGGAAGGAAUGAGUCAGGAAAUCUUCACGGAAUUCCUGUCGGAUUCGUUUGUGGGGAUGACCUUCCCCACCGUGUGCGAACUCUGCUUCUUCAAGCUCAAGCUGCUGCUGAUAGCCGUGCAGUACCGCUCCAGCGAGUCCGUCAGUAUCCUGAUUAACCCGGACUCCAGCGUCCUGAUGCAGCACCAAACCCUUGGCUUCUUCAUCGCCCGGAAACGCACGUUGGUGCAGAGGGCAAACAUCUACUGCACGGAAUGUCACUACGACAUCUUUGAUGUCAGGCGCAUCAAGAAAUGUGGCUGCAAGAAAACGGGUGUCAGCGACCGGAAUAUUCGGCACACGGAGAGACGCAACACUUCACAUCCAAGCUGUUGUCCGUCAGCUGGCAGCGGCGACACUCACACUGCCACCGGCCAUUGCAAACAUGUAUGUGUGUGUACAUGUGCGUGUAUGCAUGAGUACAAGUGUGUGUGCGUGUACGCGUGUGUACAUGUAUGUGUGUGUAUGUGUGUGUACACAUGUGUGUUUUCCCCCCAGAACCGUGCUAUGGCGUCCCGGUUGCAGCUGAGCAAACACGUCAUUGUGUGCAUCUUCAGCGAGGCCGAGUUCCCGGGCAUCGGGCUGCGUAACUUUGUGAUGCCUCUGCGGGCCAGCAGCUUCACGUACGACGAGCUCAAGUCCAUCGUGUUCGUUGUCUCGCUGCAGUUCAUCGCCAAGGAGUGGGAGACCAUCAGUAACUUCCCCAAAGUCUUCAUUCUGCCCGGUUCACCGCUGUGCCGCGCUGACCUGAAGGCGGCGAGCAUCGGUUCCUGUGACAUGACGGUGGUCAUCUCCUCCAACCGCACCAACUUCCCGGAGAAGAGUCUACAGGACAAGGAGUGCAUCCUGGCAACGCUCAACCUCAACGCCAUGCUCUUCGAAGAGAGCAGCACCAUUAACCCACUCCCCACCAGGACAAAAGAUGACCCGGUCUCCAUGUUGGACGACAACAAGCAAUACUACAGGGUCCCGAUCAUCACCUCGCUGGUUCACCAGUCUAACGUGUAUUACCUGGAUCAAGAGGACCGUGACGAUCCCGACACAGACCUGUACCUCACACAACCCUAUGCCAGUGGGUCUGUGUUUGCCUUCAGCAUCUUGAAUGCUCUCAUGUGUACAACCUACUUCAACGACAACAUCCUGAUGCUGGUCCGGACGCUGGUGACGGGCGGCGCCACGCCGGGCUUGGACGAACAGCUGGCGGACGAGGAUGCGCUGAGGGGCAGCGUCCACGCCCAGGAUAACGUCCACCAACGCAACCGCUGCAAGCUGGCCCGCAUCACCUUGUGUGACCAGCGCUUCAACCAAUUCGCCAAAGGUGGCAAGUAUGGAGACCUGUUUUCCAAGGCCCUGCAAGAUUACGGUAUACUCUGCUUUGGGAUAUUCCGUCUGCAGGAUCCCGCUAAACAGUCCAAGAAGCGGUUUGUCAUUACGAAUCCCCCCUCUUCCUUUGAGCUGAACGAGAUGGACUUUAUCAUGUGCACGGUGCCCUUCUUCGACACGGAGACCAUGGCCACCAACCCUUACUGCCCGAUGAACUACUCCUCCAAGUUCAUCCCUCUGCAGGCCGUGGCCAGGCACUCCUCCACCUUCAUAAAGCCGGUCCGGUUAGACGGGAACAUGUACACCCUCGACCACGCAGACCAAGCUCACCUGAAAGUGGAGAAGGACAGGGAGGUGUUUGAGAAGGCCAGUACUGCUGAGUCCGAGGAGGCCAAGCUGAAGAAGUCGCUGGAGCAAUACCGUGAGCGGCUGAAGUCAGUCGGCCCGCACAGCGGCUCCAAAGAUCGGACCAAGCCCACCACCCUGAUAGCUGCCGUUCACACCUACAUCGACGAGCUCAAAGGCAAGGUGGAGCCCUCUCCCGUCAAACCCAAGGAAGUGGAGGUUCAAGUCAUAUUUAGUGACGAAUUUGAAGAGCUCUCCAGGAUGGAAUCCACUGACGAACCUAGCCUAACCACCACUAGCCUAACCACCACACCUGCAACAGCUGCAAAAUAUGGAAUCGUAACACCUGGACCAGCUGCAACAUCUGGAGCUACAACUCCUGCAACAGCUGGAAGUAGAGCUGCAACACCUGUAACUGCAACACCUAGAAAACCUGGAACUACACCUCCUGGAACAGCUGGAACUAGACCUACAACACCUGUAACAGCUGGAAUGACAACACUUGGAACAUCUGUAAAACCUGGAACUACAACUCCUGAAACAGCUGGAACUAGACCUACAACACCUGUAACAGCUGGAAUGACAACACUUGGAACAUCUGUAAAACCUGGAACUACAAUUCCUGGAACAGCUGGAACUAGACCUACAACACCUGUAACAGCUGAAACUGCAACACCUGGAACAGCUGUAAAACCCGGAACUACAACUCCUGGAACUAGAGCUACAACACCUGUAACAGCUGAAACUGCAACACCUGGAACAGCUGUAAAACCUGGAGUGACAGCAUCUGGCACAGCUGGAAAACCUGAAGCGACACCACCUGGAACAGGUGGAGCUACAACAUCUGGAACAGCUGGAACUGCAACACAUGGAGCAGAUGUAAAAGCUGGAACUACUACACCUGGAACAGGUAUUAAACCUGUAACCACAACACCUGGAACAGAUGUUAAACCUGUCACAACAACACCUGGAACAGGUAUUAACCCUAUAAUUACAACACCUGGAACAGAUGUUAAACCUGUAAUUACAACACCUGGAACAGAUGUUAAACCUGUAAUUACAACACCUGGAACAGUUGUUAAACCUGUAAUUACAACACCUGGAACAGGUAUUAACCCUAUAAUUACAACACCUGGAACAGAUGUUAAACCUGUAACAACAACACCUGGAACAGAUGUUAAACCUGUAAUUACAACACCUGGAGCAGAUGUUAAACCUGUAAUUACAACACCUGGAACAGAUGUUAAACCUGUAAUUACAACACCUGGAACAGAUGUUAAACCUGUCACAACAACACCUGGAACAGAUGUUAAACCUGUAAUUACAACACCUGGAACAGAUGUUAAACCUGUAACCACAACACCUGGAGCAGAUGUAAAACCUGGAGCUGCAACACCUGGAACAGCUGGAGCUGUAACACCUGGAACAUCGGUAGAACCUGGAGCCACAACAUCGGAGGAUAAAGUUGAGAGCAAGGCAGUGGAACCAGAUGCCAAACCUGAUGGCUCAAAAUGAUUCCGUCCUCUAUAGAUCGGCAAUAGUUUGGGCCGAGUUAUAUUAUAACCAAUCUGUAUUCCCCGUAUAACUUAUCAAUAAAAUGCCACCUUUAAGCCUGCAGUUUAACUGUUUCGAUCACCUCUGCCACGUGUCCACGAGUUACUGAGGUGCUGAAGGGAGACAUCCUAUUGGCUGUGAGUAGCUGCCAACAUUGGGACUGACUCAGAAGGGUCUGAAGAAGGUUCUCGACCCGAAACGUCACACAUAGAAAAUUACAAAAUAGGUGCAGGAGUAGGCCAUUCAGCCCUUCGAGCCUGCACCGCCAUUCAAUAUGAUCAUGGCUGAUCAUCCAACUCAGUAUCCUGUACCUGCAUUCUCUCCAUACUCCCUGAUCCUUCUAGCCAUAAGGGCCAAUUCUAACUCCCUCUUAAAUAUAGCCAAUGAACUGUGGCCUCAACUACCUUCUGUGGCAGAGAAUUCCACAGAUUCACCACUCUCUGUGUGAAUUUUUUUCUUCUCAUCUCAGUCCUAAAAGACUUCCCCCUUAUCCUUAAACUGUGACCCCUUGUUCUAGACUUCCGCAACAUCGGGAACAAUCUUCCUGCAUCUAGCCUGUCCAACCCCUUAAGAAUUUUGUAAGUUUCUAUAAGAUCCCCCCGCAAUCUUCUAAAUUCUAGCGAGUACAAGCCGAGUCUAUCCAGU